GUGAUGGACUGGCGACCUGUCCAGGGUGAACCCCGCCUCUCGCCCAUAGACUGCUGGAGAUAGGCCCCAGCUGCCCCACGACCCACUAUGGAAUAAGUGGUAGAAAAUGACUGACCGACAAAUUAAGGUAAUUCUGAAGGCAACAGGAGGUCCAACCAGCAAGUGUGCCUAAUGAAGUGGCCGUAGUUUAAUAUGAAGAAAUCCUGUGGAACAAAUAUUCAGGUUCAGCUCAUUUUUACAAAAUGAAAGUUAUAGGAUCAAAACAGAAUCUAAAAAUGAUUUAAAACUUUUGCACAAGUGUUGCAAACAGAAGAUUAAUGAUGUCAUGGCGCAUGCGCUCUCUGCUAACAUUCAGCUUAAUUUGGGCACAGGUCCUCUGAAACAUCUUCUGAUCUUUAGGGUUUGGGGCUGAGGAUCCAAAUAGUCUCCUCCAGGUUUCCUUGAUUGGGUUCCACCAGGUGUGUACGCGCGUGCGUGUGUAUCCGCUGGACACAUCUGGCGCUCGUGCACGUUAAUGCGUCAGAGGGCGGAGAGCGGUGCGUCACCGGCCGGGGUGAUCCCCGCGUUUAAAAGCUCAGGAGCUUCUCGGUGCGUCACAGCGAGCCACAGAACCAGGAUCCCCCCCGGCACACAGAGCCCGGAGUUUCCCGGAGGAAACCAGACCGCACUCGCGGUCCAUUUAAACAUCAGAUUGUUUUCUACGGUUUGGAUGGGACUUUGUUCUCACUUGAAGCAGAAACUGUGAGGUUAUUAUCUGAGCCCUGGGAGGAGGAGAAGGAGAAGGAGAAGGAGGAGGAGAAGGAGGACCGUGCAGCAACUGGAGGAUAUUUAUGGAGGACGGAUCGCACCGGUCUGCUGCUUCGCUCACAGUUUAAACUUUUUUCCUCAGAGGAGAAAAUGAAAUCUGCAGAAGAAGAUGCAUAUGGCUUCACGCCGAACAUCAGCCUCUCCCUCCCACUGGGCAACCCAUGCCUGCCCUCCCAGUACCAUGGCCUCCAGUCCAGUACCACCAUAUCCGUCUCCAUUACAGAGCCUCAAGCCUUUGACUCCCAGGACGGCAUGAGAGCAGCCGGCUUCUAUUCAACUGUCCGUCCAAAUGGGGCCCCGACCCUUGAGAGUCCCCGCAUCGAGAUCACGGCCUACGGUCAGUUUCCUGAGGAUGAGGCACAGGAGAGCCGCCUACCCACUGCCAAGCGAGUAAACUCCAUAGGGACGCUGUCCCUCCCCAGUGCUGAUGGUUACCGUGAUCCCAGCUGCCUGAGUCCGGCCAGCAGCGUCUCAUCACGCAGCGCCCUCUCCGACGCCUCCUACGAGUCAAGCUUCUCCUACAACUAUGACAACUCCCCCCAGAACUCCCCUUGGCAGUCCCCUUCCGUGUCCCCAAAAGGCUCCACCCUGGUCCUGCCGGGUGAUGGCGGCGCCUCCUGUGGCUCCCCUCGUCACUCCCCCUCCACCUCCCCCCGUACAAGCAUAACAGACGACACCUGGAUGGGGCCUCGAGGUUCCAGGCCCAACUCUCCUUGUGGAGCCAAGAGGAAGUACAGCCUGAAUGGCAGCGAAGCAUCACACAAGAGCUUCCCAUAUUCACCCACCCACUCUCCAGGCCUGUCCCCUCACACCUCCCCACGGCUCAGUGUGACCGAGGAGAGCUGGCUGCCAAACACCAACCAGUACACCAACUCGGCCAUCCUGGCAGCCAUCAACGCGCUCACCACAGAUGGAGUGUCCGACCUUGGCGAGGGAAUCCCCAUAAAAGCUCGAAAAACCAGCCUAGAGCACAGCCCCACAGUCAGCCUGAAGGUGGAGCCUGGAGGUGGGGAGCUGCGUCAUGGAGACCUAUGUCAAGAUGAACCUUCUGCAAACCGAAUGACCCUCAAGAAGGAAGGCUACUGUGGAAGCUUCCUGGAUGUUCCUCAGCACCCUUACACCUGGACAAAGCCCAAGCAAUAUAUCAGCCCAUCUGUGCCGGCGCUGGACUGGCAGCUGCCAUCGAGCUCGGGGCCGUACAGCUUGCAGAUUGAAGUGCAGCCCAAAUCUCACCAUCGAGCCCACUACGAGACGGAGGGCAGCAGGGGAGCAGUGAAGGCACUGGCAGGAGGGCACCCAGUUGUCCAGCUUCAUGGCUACAUGGAGAGCGAACCUCUGACUCUGCAGCUGUUCAUCGGCACCGCUGACGACAGGCUGCUGAGGCCCCACGCCUUCUACCAAGUCCACCGGAUCACCGGCAAAACGGUGUCCACGCCGAGCCAUGAGAUCCUGCACAACAACACCAAGGUGCUGGAGAUCCCCCUGCUGCCGGAGAACAACAUGCGGGCCAUAAUCGACUGUGCUGGAAUCCUGAAGCUUCGUAACUCUGACAUCGAGCUGAGGAAGGGCGAGACGGACAUCGGCCGGAAGAACACGCGUGUGCGGAUGGUUUUCAGAGUUCACGUCAACCAGUCGAACGGCAGAACAAUGUCUCUGCAAGUUGCGUCAAACCCUAUCGAGUGCUCCCAGAGAUCGGCCCAGGAACUGCCACUGGUGGACAAGCAGAGCCUGGAGAAAUGUCCCGCCCCCGGAGGGGAGAGGAUGAUCCUCGAUGGGCACAACUUCCAGCACGACUCCAAAGUGGUGUUUGUGGAAAAGGCUCAAGAUGGCCACCACAUCUGGGAGACUGAGGCCAAGGUUGAGAGAGACAUGUUGAAGCCAAAUUCACUGCUGGUUGAAAUCCCUCCGUAUCGGACCCAGCGACUCUCCACCCCUGUCCAUGUUAACUUCUACGUCUGCAAUGGCAAGAGGAAAAGGAGUCAGUACCAGCGGUUCGCCUACAUCCCUACCAACGUCCCAACAAUAAAGACGGAGCCGCAUGACGACUACGAUUCUGCCUUGGUGUGUACCCAACAUGGAUCUGGCCGCUCCCUGCACCCAAAGCCACAUUACCCCCCUCAGGUUGUGACCCCAAUGAUCUCUGACCUCAGGCCUUGCGUUGUAGGAGGAGCUUAUGCCGUUAGUCAACAAAGAUUGGCGGCCAAGCCUUCCCCUGUGACCUCCUCCUGCUCUCCAAGUACAAGCCCCAAACUUCAUGAUCUGUCGCUGUCACCCUUUUCCAAGUGCCUCCAACAGUCGGGCCAUCAGUCCCCCACCUCUCACAUCUCCAUUAUCCAAGAAACUCCAGGAUGUUUCCAGCCUCCAGAGCUCUACCCACCCAGCAGUUCUUCUUCUCCUGCGAACUCACAGCCGUCCACCCCGACUGACGCCUCCUUCUCUCAACUCCCCGACAUGACUCCGACCCAGUCGGUCAGUGACAGCACCAGUCCCGGCACCCAGGAGCUCCCUAACCCAGCAGAGAGAGGUCAGUCUUCUCUGCAAGAAGACGGCAGCCCACCAACUGUGACGGUCAACAUUAAAGAAGAACCACAAGAGCUGGACCAGAUGUACCUGGAUGAUGGCCUCAACAUCUUCAGCGAGAAGAACAGAGGUGUUUUAGGGCUGAUAUGAGGAAUAAUUUAUAAUGCAGCAGCAGAGGUCAACAGGUAACUCUCAUACAGCCAUAAUCAUGAAUCACUGAGUCUGAGAAGAUCCAAGAUGUUUACUGGAUCUCCAGGGUGUAGGAAAAUCAUUGAACUGAUGAAAAACAAAGUUCCUCAAAGAAAGAUCAGAAAGGAUCUGCAGAACAUCAUGAAACCAUCGGAGAAUCUGGAGAAAUUUCAGGGAGCAGCUUCAGCUAGACAACCAUGAUCUCUGCUCCCUCUGACGGUUCUGCAUCCAGAACCAUCAUCCAUCAUCAGCUGAUGAACUUCAUGAAGCAGGAUUUAGUUUGGAGAACUUUCGUCCAGCUCCACUACAGAGUUAGAUUCACAGACUUUACUGAGCAGAGAAGAAGCCUGAUGUUGACCUCAGAGGAGGAGUCAGCUUCUCUGGGCUCAGAGGCUUCUGAGAUGGACCAUCACAGAGUGGAAACAUAGAUCACUCUCUAUCUGCUGCCUUUAGGACCACACUUCUCCAGGGAUGUCCAUUAUUUUUCACCAGAACAAUAGAAAACCACCUUCCAAAGGUCUGACUAGGGGCUCAGCUGCUGGACUGACCAGUGUGUCCCUGAUAGAAGAUGUUGGAGAAUUCAGAAAUCAGAAAUAGAGCAAAGAUGACCCUGGACACCUCAAGACAUGUUUGGAAAGAAAUUAGAACCUGGAGUUACAGAACUGUGGCUAAAGUUGCUCUGGAAUAACUGUUAUUUUUAAAGCGCUGCAGCAUGAAAGUUUUAAUUUGAUUGAUAUUAGCAGAUUAAAUAAACCUACUGAGACAUAACAGGAAACAUUUUGGACUCCAGGUAAACCUUUUUAGGAGCUUUCGUUUCACUUUCUGCUGUUGUGUUCCUUCUGAAGCAGUCAGACUAAGCUGCAUGCAGCUCUGAGGUAUUUGAUCUGAUUGACCCUGAAGGUGUGGAAGCUUCCUGAAAGCAGUCAGUUCAUACUCUGUGACGCCCUCAGACAGACUGAAUGAUCUCACCGCCAUGGCCUUCUGCGCUCACCGCUGAGGUCUGGAGGCUGCGCGCUCUGCAUGCCGCUGAUUAGAAAUAAAUUGGAUAAAUGAUCCCCAGCCUCAGCUAGGAAAACGGUCUGUGGUUGUGUGUGAUGUCAGUGAGGUAGAGGAGCUGAGGAGAUGAAGAAACACUAACCAGCAGCUAUCUGAAAAUCGAGCAGCGGUGCUUUGAUCUGUCACCAGAGCUCCUGCUGAAUAGUCUGGCUGAGCUUCCUGAUGACGUGGAGUUAGAUGGUGCUGUUGGCCUGCAGACUGCAGGAAUUAGACAGCUCCCUGUCCGCUUCCUCUGAAUGGUCUGAGAAAAGACAUCAACACCUCUCAGCCCCGUCUGCAGGAAUAUUUGUCUGGCUCCAGCCUCAAAUUACAUUUCAAAUCCUCUUUUAAAUUCUCUAAGAAUCUAAGGAUUUAGCAGCAAAACGUGGGUUAGUGUUAGGGUUAUAUAUAACAACAUAUUUUGUAUUCUGAUGCUUUGAUUCUUUUGCAAACACAAGCUUUAUGUAAAAUCUCAGCAUUAAUGUAAAUAGUUUUGGAACAAAAUGUCACUGAAAUAUCAAAAUAUUGACCUGU